ACUUAAAAAAUACAUACGAAUUGUUUAUUGCUACCAAAGACGAGUUCUAAUAAAUACUAAUAUUUUAAGUUGCCUUUGCCUAACUUUCUCUCAGUGCCUAAUAGUAUCCUUCUCAUCUUCGGUGAUUUCCAUCUAUUCAAACCUUGGUUAGCCAUCGUUGUUGUUGUUUCUGCUGCUACUGCUGCUGCUGCUGCUGACUGUGGCCGUAUGUUUGUGGUAAAUGCUAACAGUUUUUUGUGUAAUUGUCAACGGCAACAGCGGCGGCAGCAAGAGCAACAAACAACCAGCCACAACAAACACACAGAGAGAACAACAAACAGUCCGGCGACGAUGAGAAAUAACGUAAACAAGUAAAUGAGCAUGAGGAAAUUUUCCGCAAAUGUCAGCACUUUCUAAGGGUCUAAAGAGGGGUUUGUGGGGUAGGGCUUGGAAAAGAUUAUUUUCCUCCCCUCCUCUUAGCCACUUGCGUUUAUUGAGUUAACUAAACAGCAGCAACAACAACAAUGCGGCAGCUUAAGAAAAACAAAAUAAAACAAAACAGUAAAAGCAAGAAGAAACAAAAAGAACUGCGGCAACUGUGGCAACUCUGGCUGCGUAACGUUAUUUCCGCACAAGGAUUAAGCUUUUGGACAGCGGCAAGCAGGUGGUUUCACCAUCUCAUCCUAGACCUUUCGAAGGGCAGGAGAAGUGUAGGAGGUUACCUGGCUACAGAUGCUCUUGGAUUAUCGCUCUGCCUCCACAGAAACGGAAUGACCAAGCAACAACAACAAGAGGAGGAGCUCUGCCAUUGCCACUGCCACAACGUAAUGUGUAAGCAGGUGGACCUGAUUCACCUGGCGAUCUUUGGGAUACCCAUUAAGUGUAGUUCUUGGAUAGAAGAUAAAAAAAAUGUAUCAUUUCCGUUGUCCAGUCCAAUUGACCCCGAUUACCUGUGGUCAGUUGCCUGCGAGGGUAUCCAGAAGCCACAAUAAAAAUGUAAAAAGGUGCGACGGUUGCGGUUGCGGUGGAUCAGCAUCAGCAGACCCCCCUACCUUGAUGAGAAUGGUAGUGGGCGGUAGUGGGUGGCUGCUAGAUUAUUCAUCUUAGAUAAAAGGAAACUUUAAAACGUAACCGAAACAACGACAACCGACAACCGCUGACUGCGCAGCUUAACGGGUUUCCUUAUGCACCUGUUGUUGUUUUUGCUAUUGUUUUUGUUGCUGUUUGUUAAACUACUAUUGUUGUUGUUGUUGUUAUUAUUAUUGCUGCCACUGCUGAUGCACAAAAGCGGCUUACAGUUUGACAAGAACUGCCUGAUGAUGCAGCUACCAAUUCCACCCACUAAACUGAUUGUCAAGGCAACAAAUACGCAAAGAGAUGGAGAUGAUGGUACAGGAUAAUGCAGACGAAAAAUAGUAUAUAAGUUGGAUCUAUACUUUAUACAUAGUUAUUCAAGCUAUAACCUUAAGAAAGCUAACAAAAAUGUACAAAAAAUCAUUAUGAUUUAAACUAACUAACUAACUAUUUCCCAUUAAACUUACUAUCACUUGUA